CUACAAUACCUCUAUCAUAUCGUUUCCCUUUUUUCUCUCUCAUAAUUUUCCCCCUAAUCUCCAACUCGCUUAUGUACACAUAUACUUUCAUACGCCUUGAACCUGUGUGGCCGUGAACGGUGGAUUGCGGAGCUCCUACCGAGCUCCGACCUUCCAGCGAUAGCUAGUGCAACAUGAUGCUGACCGAACCUUCUUUCACACUCAGCUUCAGCUAUCCAAACGGUGAACCUCAGACCCCCACGAGGACCCCUCCGACCACCACCAUCUUUGGUGAUUCCGCUUUUCAAACCCCCAAACUCGAAUCCAGCUUCUUUGAUCCCCGGGUUACGUGGGAUACGUCGGACCCCUAUGCCUCGAGCCCCGAGUUCCUUCGCACGCCGCAGAAGUUCGGGUUGAGCACCCCUUCCGUCAACCCCCUCAGGUUGCCGGACACAGCUCCCGACCGACCGACAGACACCGAUGGCAAUCUCCGGAGUGUCAAGGUAGAGCAGGAUACGGAUACAGCGAAGAGGCGUCGCCCGUCCAGACUACAUGGCCAUUUUGGAGAGGAUGGUCCUCGCACCGUUGAUUCAGCCAAAUCGGCGGCCACAAUCCAGACACCCCCGCCCAGCAGUGCGUCAAGGAAGAAGGUGACGGGACUUGACGAUGUCACAGGUACAGGCCGACGGCCAUCAGCCUCUAGUAUGGUGGGCGGCCAUCUGGAAACUCCCAGUCGGUUGCUGGGGGCUUCCCCGCGGCUCUUUGGCGACCUUCAAUCGUCCCCAGACCCGUUCCAGCUGGCAUCCCUUGAUCCUGUCACCUCGCCUUUCUUCCCCCAGCAGCGGCUAUUCUGGGACCAAGAUUUCGACCAUGCCGGCAACAUAAGCCUGUCUGCCAACGACUUGUUUGAUUCCCAUGCCACCGAUGCUUUCCACCUCCACCACACUUCCCUCCACGACUCUCACAUCCCACAAUUACCCACCAUUGAAGGAAAUAUGGAUCUUUCUGAGUUCAAUAGCACUGCAUAUAGUCUCUCGUCGGGGGUGACUACCACCGAUGCCGCCCUCUUCCCUGCUCCCUUCUCCACCUCCCCUCGCCGCCCUAUCACAAAGGCCGAGGAUCCAAACAUGUUUCUGAGUUCCCCUGCACGUCGCUUUGGAGGGCCUCAGCCGACCCCCGAUAAGCGCCUCUUCUCCAGACCGACCCGUCAGCCCUACCAUCACCAAACGGAGGAGUCCAAGAGAGAGGAGCUCCGUCGCGCUCGCAGUGUCAAUCAUCACAUUCCCGUCUAUGAGGAUGAGGAUGACGACGACUACACCCCCCGUCAACCCAGGCCUACUUUGACUCGUAGCCUGACACACAGCGCUAUCACUGGGUCUGCUAAUCGGGCAGUGUCUGGCUGCAUGAUGGCUUCUAGCAAUGGAAUCCGGAAGAGCCCGUCCAAGGGUCGCUCAUCCCCAAUCAAACCGCUUCGUCAUCAGCUUUCUCGGGCCAGCUCGGUGACUGGCAGCCUUCCCAGACGCUCCCAAUCCGUAGUCCUCAAAAUAGGCAAAGACGGUAGAGCCAAAGCGGAGAUGCAAGCCGUGGCCGAGUCAGCGACUGGCUUGACGGACCCCAUCAGUGGGAUGGAUCUGGAUGGGUCCACCACGGAAAGCGAGUAUGACUCGGUGGACUUUUGUGAAUACCCGACGGUGCCCAGCCGCAAUCCCUCGUUCGCUUUUUCCGAUGCCAGUGGAACGAUGAUUGCCCACAGCGACGCAGGCUCGCGGCCUCAUUCGAAGGGGUCCUAUACCUCCACCGCCGCUUCAUCCUCCGGACGAGCAUCCCCUUGGGCUGGCGCCUGUCGGGGGCCUUCCCGACGACCGCAAUACAAGUCGACUUUGGAUGACUGGAAACGCACCCCGAAACGGCAGUCAACCGUGUUACAUUCGGACUUGUCAUAUCUUAGUGCCGGUUCCCUCGGUGAGCCGUUUGCUGAUCCGGAAGAUGACAGUGGGGAUGCCCAGCAUGCACUCCGGAAGGUGCUCCAGGAGAAAGGCCGGAUUGUUCGCCCUCACACGGUCAGCUAUGGCUCGCGGAUCAGCCGGUCUGCACGCUCCCUUGCGCAUCUCCGGUCGUCCCCACCACGAUUUGGUGUCGACCUUGAUCUCGCCUCACGAACCACAAACACGUCCCCCACGACCAUGACGGACCCCGACCUAGCCACCCCUGUCACGGACCGCUUCAGCAAUCCGAGCAAUGGGACCCGGUGCAUCUGCAAUUCUAUGGACAAUGGUGGCCACCUGAUGAUCCAAUGCGAAUCGUGCAGCCACUGGUUGCAUACCAAGUGCGUUGGACUGGAGCGGGCCAACCUGCCGUCCGUGUACGUUUGCCUCUUUUGCGCCCAAACUCCCACUCGCCGGAAUCACCGGAUCCGGGGGCCUGUCGGGGCGGUUGGGCAUGCACCCACGUCGCCUUUAGCUCAUAAAUCCUACCGAUUUCGAUGAAAGUAAUGACCACGGCGCCCCAUUGGCGUCCUCCCAUUCCUCGUGUACCAUUCUCGCACAGAGUUUUUGUACGACUUGACCUGCUUCCCGGGUGGGCUAUUGCAUCGAGGUCUGCCACGGAGCGGACCAGCGCCUUCUUUCCCUUUUGACCGGGUUUCCUUUGUUCAACUGUGUGCCAGAGCUUAGACAUACCCCUUUCCUUGCGACGUACAUUUUCCCGCUGUGGCGGCAUGUAUUCAUCCCAGCUGCGACUACUGUGGAUGUCCUUUCUAAUUGUCCUAUUGAAUGUGUGGCAAGGCCUUGUGAUACCUGUACCUUGUAUGUAGCCACUGCUAUUGACCGAUUCCGAUCGAUGAGUACAUCUAUGCUUUUAAUCCAUGGACUAUAGUAUCUUAUCCUGCG